AUGCGGCAAGACUUUGGUCUGAUCAAUCUUAUCAGUGGGAGUGUUAUUACCGUCCAUGGCUUGACUUUCCCAGUGCCUGAGUUUGUAACGUCCAAUAAAUUGAGUUAUGAGGGCGAAGCCAGACUCUAUCGCCUUGUAAACGCGGUGAUGCACCUUAUGCUGUUGGUGUUCUAUGAACUUCAUGAGAAAUGUAGUACCCUCAUUUUAGCCCUUAGUGUCUUCGGUUUGGGGGUCAAAUCUAUCUACUUAACCAUCUUCUUCAUCUACCAUGGCCACAAGAAAGAACUCUGUAGGAGCAUUGCGUUGUGUAUUUUGGGUAGGAUCACAUUUGUGGUAGCGAUUGUUCUCUUUACGCUCUUCGCAAUUGAAAGCUCAUCUGCUAAAGGAACAUUCAUUGGUGUCAUUUGCCUUAUCUCCUCUAUUCUUUUUGCGUUUUUAGUUCAUUUGCAUAUCAUCAUAGUAUCAUUGGAGGUGACAAGCUGUCAAUACAUACAGAUUCGGGAAGUUUGUUUUCCUUUCAUCGACUGUUUGAUGUGGACUGCUUACUCUAUGAUACACAAAUUCCAUCUCUACCUCUUUAUAGGCAAUGUUCUUGGAGCAGUGAUCUUUGGUUGGGAGCUAAUAGUGUAUGCUAUGUAUUACAAAUCUACUGCAAAGGUGAAACAGGCGUAG